AAGAUUCGUUGGCCUCGAGUUCGCCAUUAUAGUGAACGCAGUUCAACGUAGCUUCAUCGACCGGCUUCCUAGCGCUUCCACGUUUCAAUUUCUUUUGCGAAAAAAAGUAGCAAAAUGCCUUCCUACAAAUUGACUUACUUCCCGGUUAAGGCGUUGGGCGAACCAAUCCGCUUUCUCUUCAGCUAUGCCGGUAUCCCAUUCGAGGAUGUCCGCUUCGACCGAGAAGACUGGCCGAAGAUAAAGCCCACCACUCCUUAUGGCCAGGUACCUAUGCUCGAAGUUGACGGAAAGAAAGUCGCUCAGUCCACAGCUAUUUGCCGCUACUUAGCCAAGAAAGCUGGUUUGGUUGGCAAAGAUGAUUGGGAGGCUCUCGAGAUCGACGCCACCGUCGACACUAUCCAUGAUCUCCGUGCCAGACUCGCUGCUUUCCAUUACGAGGAGGACCCGAAUACCAAGGCCGCGAAGGAGAAGGUCGUCGAGGAGCAGGUCCCGCCUUACUUGGAACGUCUGGACGCCCAAGUGGCGAAGAACGGUGGCUACUUCGUCGGCGGUGCUCUAUCCUGGGCCGAUCUAUUGUUCGUUUCUCUCCUCGAUUAUCUGAACUUCAUGAACAAGAAGACUGAUCUGAUCGAGAAGUACGAGAACUUGAAGCAGUUGAGGGACAAGGUCCUCGCCUUGCCCGCUAUUAAGACUUGGGUUGAAAGUCGUCCGGAAAGUGAAUGUUAAACCGUUCUCAUUCAUAUUUACCCAACCGUCUUGAAUUUGCUUAAUCCUUUCGAAGAGAAGAUAUAAACGAUCUGAACGAAGUUCACAUCAGUAUUGACUAUACAUGUUCGCUUUCAGCUACUAUUAGCUCUAGUUAGUAGCAAUCCACUAUUGCUGUUUGAUUGGAGCUCCUUUUCGAAUUGAAUUCGCUUGGGUAUAACGAUGUAAUAACUGUCUCGUUCAUGUAUACAUAUAUAUCCCUGCAGAAUGUUACGAUGACAUACAUAUACAUAUAUUAUACGUACGUUCGUACUGUUGAAACUAAGCUAUAAUUUUGUAUCACAUUAAACAAUAAAGAGGUUCAUUUUAUUAAUCA